AAUAGAGUUGCUCACAAGUUUCUCAUAGAGAGCUUUGAAUUCUUGAUCAGUUGAGUUAGAGAAGAAAACCUUGAGAUUUGAUUCUUCAUUGAGAUCCACAGGCAAGAAAAGGAAGCUCUGAUAUAUCCUCCAUCAUGACGAGUGGACACGAAGUUGAGGAGCGGUUCACAUCAACCAUCGGUUGUCGUUAUCAACAAUCGAUGGUAGUUGUAACAUGCAAUCCGGUGUAGUGUUUGCAAACUCUGCAGUCAAACUCAGAACCAGCGUGUCAAACAAGAAUCGGAUUGUAGACAUGAGAGUGCACAUGGACUGUCCGGGAUGUGAGAGCAAGAUCAGAAGGGCUCUUCAAAAGCUCAAAGGUGUGGACACCAUUGACAUAGACAUGAGAAUGCAAAAGGUGACUGUUACCGGUUGGGCCGAGCAAAGAAAGGUCCUAAAUGCGGUUAGGAAGACUGGAAGGAGGGCAGAGCUGUGGCCGUUCCCGUACAAUGCGGAAUACCAUUCAUACACCCAUCACUACCAUCAUCAACAUCACCUCACCACUCCAGCUACCUCCUCUUACAACUACUAUAAGCAUGGGUAUGAUGGUCAUGUUCAUGGAUACUACCAUCGCCAGGCUCACUCUACCAUCUUGGAUGAUAGGGCUAAUUCUCUCUUCAAUGAUGACAACCCACAUGCAUGUUCCGUGAUGUAAAUGGCUAGUGCUAUGGGAUAGAGGUUAGGUGGUUUGGGUGGCAGUACGCCACAAUAUGACGUCUUAUAGGUGGGAGAUGCUUCUCCGCUGAACUACCUAAAAAAAUAUAGUUAAUGCCAAUUUCUGUAACUAGUGUUUGUAACAUAAAACAUAUGUUUUGUGGGACUCUAAGUUUCGUUUUUACUUUUUCUAAUCACUCUUUCAUUCAUUAAAGUAUUAUGUACUAUGUGUCGCUAUGUUUAAUCAACACAUGAUUCUGCAUACUCCAUAUCAAUGAUAUUAGACUCAAUCGAGGUCACUUGGACUCAGCCGAGUAACUUGGCAUCGACCUAUGGGCGAAGCACGUUGUGAGCAAGUAGGUAGUACAACAUUUUUUUUAGUUCAAGUAUGAUAAAACCUCAAAUGUGCUAAAAGCCCUUUCAGGUUAGUACUAAGGGAUACCUUUUUAACUCCGUCAUCCGUAGGGUUCCAAUCCCACCACUUCCAAAAAAACUCUUAACAUGAUGGAACACAUGACCUCUCGUAAAAAGGUCCAUUUAGGGACAGGAAUCCAACCAACACACCAAUUCAUUAUUAAGUGCCAAUAGUAGCGCUCAUAAAAUAUAAGGAUUAUUUUAUCUUUAUUUUUUUAAAAAAAAUAAAAAAUAAAAAAAAUCUGUGUACCCUCUAUAUUUAAGUUUC